UAUCGAUGGGUUGUUAUAUCGAUACGCUAUCAGGCAGUACACAGAAAAUUAUUUUUUGCUGAAAAAAACGCACAAAACGCGCAUUAAAAACACAAAAAGAACAAACGCGCCCAUCUUGCGACGGCCAGACAGGUCGCGAGUCAUUAAAUAUACAUAGUGAGCAACCAAAGGCGACGUUUUAAGGAGCCGACCGAGCGACAGCAACAGCCCCAGCCCUCGCCCAACAACAACAACUGUAACAGCAACAACAACGCCAACAGCACCACCCUAACCAAAGACAACUACAAAUACAACUACAACUACAAUCACACAAAGCAGCAGCAGCAGCAAACGCAACAAAUAUGCAGGCGAUUAAGUGUGUCGUUGUGGGUGACGGUGCCGUCGGUAAAACUUGCCUGCUCAUCUCGUAUACGACAAAUGCAUUUCCCGGCGAAUACAUACCCACCGUAUUCGACAAUUACUCCGCCAAUGUGAUGGUCGAUGCGAAGCCAAUCAAUUUGGGACUAUGGGAUACGGCCGGACAAGAGGAUUACGAUCGUUUGCGUCCAUUAUCGUAUCCACAGACAGAUGUCUUUCUCAUUUGCUUCUCGCUGGUGAAUCCGGCAUCGUUUGAGAAUGUGCGCGCCAAAUGGUAUCCGGAGGUACGUCAUCAUUGCCCCAGCACACCAAUCAUUUUGGUGGGCACCAAGCUGGAUUUGCGUGACGACAAGAAUACGAUUGAGAAGCUGCGUGAUAAGAAACUGGCGCCGAUAACAUAUCCGCAGGGAUUGGCCAUGGCCAAGGAGAUUGGAGCUGUCAAAUAUCUGGAGUGCUCAGCGCUAACGCAAAAGGGAUUGAAGACGGUCUUCGAUGAGGCCAUCAGAUCGGUUCUAUGUCCCGUUCUGCAGCCAAAGUCGAAGCGUAAAUGCGCAUUGCUCUAAUUUUAAGAUGCACACACACAACACACACACACACCACACACACAGAGGAACACCCACGAAGCAUUGUAUUUGUAUUUGUCGUCAAGUCUAUUUAAUAACGUAAUAUUAUUAACUAAUAACAAUUAUGUAACUUAAGCAGCAGUCAGCAAGCUAAGCGAAGAAGAAGAGCAAGAGAGAGAGAGAGAGAGUUGAGAGCGUGCCCAGGAGCAAGAAGGGAUCCUGAAUCCUGUCCAGAUUCAGCAGCUUAUCUGCUCCACACGCUUGAGAAACCGAAUUUUCUAUACUAACUUUUCAAGUUCUGUUCUGUUCUGUUAAUCGUCCUUUGUCGUUUUCACAUUUGUUUCGUUUCGUGUGUUUUGUUUUUCAUUUCAAUUACAAUUUGAACUAAUUUCAACCAUGUGCAUUAAUUUGAACUAAAAGUUAAUUAAAAAUUAAUGUUGUAAAACCAAAAAAAAAACUAUAAAAAAAAAAGAACUUUAUAAAAAGGAAAUUGUAUCUAAGGAGCCGAAUAGUCGCAACAGCAUAAAUGAAAAGUCGCCUCUUAAAAUAGAUGAAGAUGAAGAUCAUAAUGAUGAUGAUAUUGAAUGAUGUAUCAGUCAGUAAACGUUCCAUUGCAAUUACAAUUUAAAUAACUACACAUAUUGUAUUUAGAUGUUGAUUGAAACUGUUGCUGAGAAACGAAGGUAGUGAGAAGCUGGAAAAUAAUGGCAAAGAUUAGGCAGAAUAUUAUAAUAAAAAAAAACAAAAACAUAUACAUAUAUAUAAAACAAAAGAAAAUUUAUAAAUUUUCGAUGUAUGGGAUGCAAUUCCUAAAGGCAUCAGCGCAAUUUCCAUAUUGUGUGGAACCAAACCAACUUUUUAAUUGCCUAGAUCCAGGAGCUACAUAAUAAGAUAAUGUCCUUCGUAUACUAUGUACAUGUACUGAUUUAAAAUACACAACAAAGAAACACAAAAUGAAACUUUGAAUACUUUGUAUUUUAAAUAUUGAGAAAAAAAUGCGAAAAACGUAAAAACAGCAAAUUUAUAACAUACAUAAAAUUCAUACAUAAAUGUGUCAAUGGAAUUCAAAUAAAGCAUAUAAAAAUUUAA